GAUAUUUCCAUUUGGCUGGGCACCCUAGACCAGGAUCCGUGAUGCUUGGGAAGCAUGGUUGGGACUACCACCAUUUAGAGCAGCCAUCGUUAACUGCAAUGAAUUUAUUUGAUGUUCCAUGCCUAGGGCCCGUGAGCUCUUUUAAGGUGUGGGGUGUCGCUGACGGCCAUUUCUGUCCUCCGACCCCUUGGGGGCGCUGUCCUCUCCGCGCGUCCUCUUAGGACCUGGAGUUAAGUGCUCAAGCGCACUCUCGGCUGCUCGCCUUGGGCCCCACGUGUGAACCUUCGCGGUACCUUUUUUCGAGAAAAAUGCCCAAAUUCAAGGCGGCCCGGGGGGCCGGGGGUCAAGGAAAACUUGCGCCUCUGGCCGAGCAGAUCCUAUCUGGGGACGCGGUGCGGGCCGGAGCCCGGGAAAAGCGGCGGGGCCGUGGAGCCGGAGAAGAGGAAGAGUAUGUGGGGCCCCGACUGACCCGACGGAUUUUGCAGCAAGCGAGGCAGCAGCAGGAGGAGCUGGAGGCCGAGCAUGGCACUGGGGACAGGCCCACGGCGCCGAGGGAGCGCACUACGCGGCUGGGUCCAGGAGUGCCACAGGAUGGAUCGGAUGAUGAGGAUGAGGAAUGGCCCACCCUGGAGAAGGCUGCCACAAUGAGAGGGGUGAGCCACCAUGCCGAAGUGGACGUAGACCCUGAGGAUGAGCGUGCCAUUGAGAUGUUCAUGAACAAGAACCCUCCUGCUAGGCGCACCCUGGCUGACAUUAUCAUGGAAAAACUGACCGAGAAGCAGACGGAGGUUGAAACGGUCAUGUCAGAGAUAUCGGGCUUCCCUAUGCCCCAGCUGGACCCCCGCGUCCUGGAGGUCUACAGAGGGGUCCGGGAGGUAUUAUCGAAGUACCGCAGUGGGAAACUGCCCAAGGCAUUUAAGAUCAUCCCUGCACUCUCCAACUGGGAGCAGAUCCUUUACAUCACAGAGCCUGAGGCCUGGACAGCAGCUGCCAUGUACCAAGCCACCAGGAUUUUCGCCUCUAACCUGAAGGAACGCAUGGCCCAGCGCUUCUACAACCUUGUCCUUCUUCCCCGAGUACGAGAUGACAUUGCUGAAUACAAGCGACUCAAUUUCCACCUCUACAUGGCUCUCAAGAAGGCCCUCUUCAAGCCUGGAGCCUGGUUCAAAGGGAUCCUCAUCCCCCUGUGUGAGUCGGGCACCUGUACCCUGAGGGAAGCCAUCAUCGUGGGUAGCAUCAUCACCAAGUGCUCCAUCCCUGUGUUGCACUCCAGUGCAGCCAUGCUGAAAAUUGCCGAGAUGGAAUACAGCGGUGCCAACAGCAUCUUCCUCCGACUGCUGCUGGACAAAAAGUACGCUCUGCCCUACCGCGUGCUGGAUGCCCUGGUCUUCCAUUUCCUGGGGUUCCGGACAGAGAAGCGCAAACUCCCUGUGCUCUGGCACCAGUGCCUCCUGACCUUGGUCCAGCGUUACAAGGCAGACCUGGCCACAGAUCAGAAAGAGGCCCUCCUGGAACUGCUCCGGCUACAACCCCAUCCACAGCUGUCCCCUGAGAUCAGGCGUGAGCUCCAGAGUGCAGUCCCCCGAGAUGUGGAAGAUGUUCCCAUCAACAUGGACUGAGGAAAUAGACACCUGUCCUGGCCCAAGGAGGACACCAGGACUCCUGUUGGUGGCUAAGAAUGAGACCCAGCCUUUACAGCCUGAAGAUAUGGAUCAGGGCAGGGAUGGGUCUUGGGGAUGCCUGUGACUCCCCUGUCCUGGACAGGGAGGACUGAGCAUCUGGCUGAUUCUUCCUUCCGUGCUAGGUCUUCAGCCCUGCUCAGUUCUGAGACCUGAAUUGAGAAUUCGACUUCCCCGCUCCCCACUUGGGGCUUGGAUAAGUACUUUCUCGGGCACUGUGUCAAGUCACUGGGAUGUGGAUAAAAACAAAAGACAGGUAUUUAUUGAA